UGAUGCGGGUGUUUUCAUAUAAGUGUGGCAACACCUCCGUCAACGUUUACUAGAACGCUCUGCCUCAGUUCUUGGUACAUUGUGGACGUGUGGACGUUGAGUAACUGGAUAUGAUUGGAAAAUGUUUAAUUUGUUUUGUAAUGUGUGUCGUACUCGUCACAUGUUAUGUGAAAGUGGGGCGUGAAGUACCUUAUUCCGAACAAGAGCUCCCCUGUCUAAGCAAAGGUGGUACCUGCGUGCAAGCGGGGGAUUGUCCCCUGGGGAACCUUGAGAAGAUGCAAGGCUUGUGCCCCAGUGGACCGAACCAGCCCUCAGAAUGCUGUUAUGGUCUCCCAUUAUCAGCCACCAGUUGCCGUGCUCAGGGAGGCCAAUGCUUUGUAAGGUCCUACUCAUGUGCCAUUAGGAACAGAGCAGACGACUGCGCCGAAAAUGAACACUGCUGUAUAUUAGUAAAUUAAAUCCGUCC